UUUAGGGUUUCGGGUGUCUGGCUUCGACCCUUGUGGUUUCAUGUUGUUCCCCUCCAAACUUCGUGAUGCUUAAUUCGCAUCGUGGGUAGGAACACAGUGUUUGCUUGAUUGAAGCACCUGUUGGUGUCCAUUUUCAAGCCAUUGAGUUCUAUCUAAACCUACCCUUGAAAGAUUUGUUCGAAUAGAUGGAGGACGACCGCAAUCUGGACUUAGGGCAUGUGGCGUGCGUGCGAUGCAGCAAGGCUGCUCUUUUGCAGUGCCCGAAGUGUUUAGAGCUUAAAUUGCCGCGUGUCAAUGCGUCCUUUUGGGUUGUUUUAAGGAAUCAUGGAAUUCACACAAGGCUGUUCAUACUGCGUUGAGUCAAAAACAAGAGGGUGUGACUCAUGGUUUGCAGGAUCCACAUGCUGACGCUUUGGCCCGAGGGUGGAUGUAUUGCCUCCGGAAGGGCCAAAGUCGAAGCUCGGAGUUGCCAAAUUUCGAUUGGACAGGACCUUUAAGAGCAUAUCCAAUAUCACCUCGACGCUUUGUCCCCGACCACAUUCCCCGUCCUGAAUGGGCUUCUACGGUUGUCCUAUUCCCCACCCGAUCAGUGUGCUGUGUAGUUUAACGUUUAUUUUUGUGAAACACUGGCCAAUUCAGGGCAGACCCCAACAAGAAAUGAACAGUGAAUGGCAGAAUAGUGUAGAGAUUAAAUCUCCAGCACAGAUAGCCAAACUGCGAGAAGCUUGUAGGGUUGGAAGAGAAGUGCUAGAUGUAGCAGCAAGAGCAAUCAAGCCAGGAGUGACCACUGACGAAAUAGACAGGAUUGUGCAUGAGGCUACAAUUGCAGCUGGUGGCUACCCUUCACCUCUGAAUUAUCACUUCUUCCCAAAGUCUUGUUGCACGUCUGUAAAUGAAAUAAUCUGCCACGGCAUACCCGAUGCAAGACCGUUGGAAGAGGGUGACGUCGUCAAUGUGGACGUUUCAGUCUAUCUGAAUGGCUGUCAUGGGGAUUUAAACGAAACUUUCUUCGUUGGAAAAGUAGACAAAGCAUCGGAAGAUCUUGUGCGGAGUACCUAUGAAUGUCUUGAGAAAGCCAUCGCUUUAGUGAAGCCUGGAGUACGUUAUCGGGAUGUUGGUGAGGUUAUCAGUAGACACGCCUCGUUGAAUGGCCUCUCUGUGGUGAAGUCGUACUGUGGUCAUGGAAUAGGAGAGCUUUUUCAUUGUGCACCUAACAUUCCACACUAUGCUCGCAACAAAGCUGUGGGAGUAAUGAAGGCAGGACAAGUCUUCACAAUCGAACCCAUGAUUAAUUCUGGUGUCUGGAGAGAUAGGAUGUGGCCAGAUGGGUGGACUGCGACUACUGCAGAUGGCAAGCGCAGCGCGCAAUUUGAGCAUACGCUUCUGGUGACGGAUACUGGAGUUGAAGUUUUGACAGCUCGUCUCCCAACAUCUCCCGAUGUGUUUCCUUGGUUAAAAGAUAGUUCUCAAACUGUGGUUUGAAUAAUUAAGUAAAUGGUACUGAACAUGAAGUUAGGGCUGAAUCCAAGGCCUUACACAAAUGCCGGGUACUGUAUAAUAGGAAUUGGAUUGUAAUAGAAAGAUCUAGUAUUGAACAUAUAUUCUAGAAUCUAUCUGGGACCGACCCUCGUACGACAUUAUGGUUUGUGGGCGAGACUAUUUUGUCUGUAAUCUCUACAUAGAUCUGGACUGAUUUUCGCUUAUUUAAACACCUCCUUGCACUCCAAAUUUCACUCACUAAUUUACUCAGACUGAAAAUUAUUUAUUCA